UGACAGGCGGCGCGGCGGAGGCGGAGCGGGCGCUGCGGCAGGAGGGAAGAUGGCGGACGAGGAGAAGCUGCCGCCCGGCUGGGAGAAGCGCAUGAGCCGCAGCUCAGGCCGGGUGUACUACUUCAACCACAUCACGAACGCCAGCCAGUGGGAACGGCCCAGCGGCAACAGCAGCAGCGGUGGAGGCAAAAUCGGGCAGGGGGAGCCGGCGCGUGUCCGCUGCUCGCACCUGCUCGUCAAACACAGCCAGUCGCGGCGGCCCUCGUCCUGGCGGCAGGAGAAGAUCACCCGGACCAAGGAGGAGGCCCUGGAGCUGAUCAACGGCUACAUCCAGAAGAUCAAGUCGGGAGAGGAGGACUUUGAGUCUCUGGCCUCGCAGUUCAGCGACUGCAGCUCGGCCAAGGCCAGGGGAGACCUGGGUGCCUUCAGCAGAGGUCAGAUGCAGAAGCCAUUCGAAGACGCCUCGUUUGCGCUGCGGACAGGGGAGAUGAGCGGGCCUGUGUUCACGGAUUCCGGCAUCCACAUCAUCUUGCGCACAGAGUGAGGGCUGUGGGUGGCUGGGGCCGGCGGGCGGGGCGGGCGGGGCUGCGGCGCCCCUGCUCCCCCUGCUGCUGCCACACAGUAUUUAUUGUACCCUAAAUGGCUGGGAGGGGGCUCUGGGGUCCCCGCUCCCCACCCACCCACCUGCGGUUGGGGCCAUCAAUUCCUGGCUUCAAGGAAUUCUGAAGGGCAGCGGGGCUGGGGAGGCUCCCGGGCCCUGGGGAGGGGUGAUGGGUCCCAGAGGCCUAGUCCUCUCAGCUGCCCCCGCCCCGCCCCCUCCCGGGUCCUGGAGGCGGGCAGGGGCCUGCGUUGUUGUUUCUAGUUACACCUUGUUCCUCUAUCCAGUUGAAAAUGCGAACGAACGUGGGGUGCCUGGUCGGGGGCCCUCUGGGCCACAGCACAGCACCCUUCUCACCCUAGAUUAAACCCAGAACCACU